AGUUUCAGUUCCUUUGUUACAAACAUGGCCUUAGAUUAGAUCAAUUUCCGGAAACAGUCUCACUUUGCUUUAUUAGUACAUCCGACCCCCUUACCUCACUGUGUCGGAGUCUUUGCGGCACUAGAGUAAUGAUGAUGAUGGUGCAGGUGUGACGCCAGAAAAUGAAGCCUACAAUGAUAAAGGUCUAGGGCCAGUUCCCUCAAAGUGGAAAGGCUAUUGCCAAUCGGGAGAGAAAUUUGACCCAAAGAAGAAAUGCAAUAGAAAGCUAAUAGGGGCUCGCUAUUUCAUCGAUGGCUACCUGGCCGAGCUAGGGCAGCCCGGAAAUACAACAGGAAUUGAAGACCACAUUUCUCCACAAGAUGGAAAUGGACAUGGCACUCACACUUCAAGCACGGCGGCGGGCUCGCCGGUGCACAACGUCAGCUACAACGGGCUCGCAUUCGGAACUGUAAGGGGCGGCGCUCCUCGGGCCCGUCUGGCCAUGUAUAAGGUUUGCUGGGAGGAUGGCAGCUGCUCAGCGGCUGACAUUCUCAAGGGCUUUGAUGAAGCCAUCCAUGAUGGAGUUGAUGUUAUUUCAGUUUCGCUAGGUCAAAAUGUGCCUUUGUAUUCCCAAAUUGACCCUCGUGAUAUACUCAACUUUGGCUCUUUCCAUGCUGUUGCGCACGGAAUCAGUGUUGUUGCGGCCGGGGGUAACGAAGGGCCCUAUGGUCAAACUGUGUCUGGUAGUGCGCCUUGGAUUUUAACAGUUGCUGCUUCUGCUCCUGAUAGAGCAUUCCCUACACAAAUCACAUUGGGGAAUGGUCAAAGCCUGACGGGUGAAGCAUUGUUCACCGGGAAUGAAACAGGCCUUGUUAACUUGGUUUACGACGCUCCUGAUGAUGAUUUAGAGUUUGACGGGUAUAACAUUAAAUACGAC